AUACGGAUAUUGAUUGCUUCGAGCAGUCCUCUCUAUCUCUCUGCCGGUCGACGCCGCCAGUUCCGCCGCCGGCCCUCUCGUCGCCUCCGCCGCAGUAAUCGACCGCCUUGGAGAGACAAAUAGGGGGAACCGCGCCCCAAGAUGGCGGAUUGGGCGUCGACACAUCGGCUUUGGGAGAAGUGGGCGUGCAACAACGUCGGUUCCUCAGGUGAACGACUGAAGGCGGCUUUGCUCCUCAACUACGACCCCAACGGCCCUUCUCGCCUCUUGUCCUUGAUAGCAGAACAGGAGGGAUCGAACUUAACAACCGUUGACUUGAACCCAUUCAUUGACUUUGUCAAGCGCAAUAAACUCCAGAAAGAGUUUUUCUUUAUCGGACCUAACCAAUAUUUAGUUACAUCAAUAUUCGAGAACUGGUUUUGUGCUAGGUGUGUGAAUACACUCAACCCUGGCGGCGAAGGUGCUAUAGUUAUGCAGAUAUCAUCACAAUUAUUGGUUGCAAUGUAUGAAGGAUCUAUUGGGUCUGCAUCUCGUGCCAUGGUAGCAGCCGACCAAUUGUCAUGGCAAUUGAGUAGAAGAAAUCAUUGAGUAAGUUGAAUCAGAUGCAAGGUUUCAUUGACCUUUUCUACUACCCUAACUUUUUUGAUACGAACAUUCACAUAUAUUAAAGUUUUUUUUUCUCUUUUUCUUUUUUAAGACUUAGAGGUAGCGGCCUCUACGCUUGUUGUGAAUGAGGUAGAAGAAAUUCUUCUGACCCUUUGUGAUAUCAUGGAACCUUAGCACAUGGAAUUAGCAUCACUCUUUGCUUAUAGUAACCUCGAUACACAAAUUAGAGGAAAUACUUUGACUCCGUGUAACUAACCCGUCAAUGUCAUCUCCUUGAAGAAUUACUCAUGGUCAAUUUUCGCACCUCA